AUGGCCAUGGAGAUUGCUUCUUCACCAUCAUCACCCCAUCAAAACCCUACCACCUUUUUCAGUCAACUUAAACCCUCUGCUUCAAACAUCAAACAUGCCAUACAUGAAUUCGCCAUGACAAUUAAGAAGAUCGGGGAAGAUGAUCCGAGAAGGAUUGUACACUCGUUGAAGGUGGCAUCAGCCAUCACAUUGGUCUCCAUGGUUUACUAUCUUCAGCCCUUGUAUAACGGCAUGGGUGAUGCCGGAAUGUGGGCUAUCUUGACCGUCGUUGUAGUUUUUGAGUACACCGCCGGACAAACUUUAAGCAAAUGCAUGAAUAGAGGUUUUGCAACUUUAGCAGCCGGUGCAUUAGGUGUGGGGGCUGAAUCCUUUGCUAGCCUAUUCGGACAGACUGUUAAACCCAUUGUUCUCGCUUUCCUGGUCUUCCUUUCAGUUGGUGCGGCCACCUUUUCAAGAUUCUUUCCCAACAUUAAGAGGAGGUACGAUUAUGGGGUUCUGAUAUUCAUAUUGACAUUUAGUCUCGUAUCUGUAUCGGGUUAUCGAGUAGAAAAACUCAUUCACUUGGCGCACCACCGAUUAUCAACCAUUAUUUUUGGUGCUGCAACCUGUAUAAUCAUCUCCAUAUGUGUUUACCCGGUGUGGGCUGGUGAAGAUCUUCAUAAACUCAUCGUUCUUAACUUGGAAAACCUUGCAAGCUUCCUAGAAGGAUUUGGGAGAGAAUACUACAGAAUUUCUGAGGGUGACAAAUCAUUUCUUGCAGCUUAUAAAAGUGUCCUUAAUUCUAAAGCCACUGAAGAAUCCUUAGCAAAUUUUGCAUGGUGGGAAGUACGGCAUGGAAAAUUUCGAUUCCGACAUCCAUGGAAACAAUACUUGAAGAUUGGUGUUCUUACACGAUACUGUGCAUACCAUAUUGAAGCUCUUAAUGGAUAUCUCAACGAAAAUUUUGAAGCACCCUCAGAGUUUCAGAAAAUAGUUCAAGAACCAUGUAUGAAAAUGAGUUUGGAAGCUGGAAAAACUCUGAAAGAAUUAGGGUUGUCUAUGAAACUAAUGGUUUAUCCUUCAACAGCAGCUAUUCAUAUGGAAAACUGUAAAAAAGCAGUAGACGAACUCAAUACGACAUUAGAAGCUUCAAGGGUAGAGAAGUGGGACAUUGUAGAAACCAUACCAGUUAUCACAACCACUUCGAUACUAGUCAACAUCAUAAAAUGUGUUGAAACAAUUCAUGAGGCCGUCGAAGAACUUUCUAAACAAGCCCACUUCAAAAAGAUGAAAGAUAUAUCAAAUAAGAAUGAUAAAAAACGACACUUUAUUCAGCAUGAUGGAGCUGUAAAACCUGUUGAUGAUGGAACCAACAAAGAGUGGGUGGCUGUAAAUGUUCAGACGACAACAAUCGGAUGA